AUGAGCAGAGUACUUAAACGAACACCAAGUACAGGAACAAUGCAGAGUAACAUUUCAUCAAUUGAAGCCCCUAGCACAAUGAGUGCAAACACUUUAAAUCGUCCCGCUCAAGCUUCGCAAUCAUUAUAUCCACAAUGUCAAGAUCUUUUAGGAAGACUUUAUUGUGUAGAAGGAUUUGAAGAAUAUUUAAUACAAGGACGAAAUAGUAUGCAAAGCAACAGCUCAAUAGUCGGAACACCGACGUCUGAAAAUGGCCCUAGUAGUUUAAUUCUUAGAGAAGAUCCUGUAACUCUUUUAUGGCAGACUUUUCGUCUAGGUUAUCCUCUUUGUGCGCUCGUUAAUGCCUAUAAACCAAAAAAACCAUUAAAUGUUACAACUGAAGAUUCAAAACCAAAGGCCUUUGUAUAUAAAUUUUUGGUUGCUUGUCAGGAAGAGUUUCAAUUAAAACCAGAACAACUAUUUACAAUCACACAAUUAUUUCAGGAUGAUACAAAUGGUUUCGUUAUGAUUGAAGAGAAAGGUCUUCUCAAUUUAUCUCGAAAAAGAGAUUGGGGAAGAUCAGAUCCAAAAAAACCCACUGAUAAUCGAGCUAGAGUAGUGCAUGAGUUGCUAGAAACUGAAAGAAAAUAUGUUCAGGAUAUGGAAGUUUUACAGAAUUAUACUAGAGAACUUCAGAGUCAAGAUAUCGUUAGCGCGGAUACUAUUCAUUUACUCUUCGCUAAUCUUAAUCAAUUAGUUGAUUUUCAACGCCGCUUCCUUAUAGGUGUGGAAGCUACGUCUAGUGCAAGUCCAGAAGAGCAGCAAAAUUUUGCGGUUUAUGAACCAUUUUGCGCAAAUUAUCAAUCUGCUUCCGACCUAGUUAUUCAAGAAUUACCGAACUUACAGAAAUUAUCUCAUGUAGUUGAACCAACGUAUGAACUACCAUCAUUAUUAAUUAAGCCUAUUCAACGUAUCUGUAAAUAUCCAUUAUUGUUGCAGGAAUUAUUAAAAUUUACUGAUAAGGAGGAUAAAUACUAUGAGGAAAUUAAGAAUGGUCUCAAUGCAAUCAAGCGUGUGGCCGAUCGUGUAAAUGAAACGCGGCGUCAACAAGAAAAUGCCGCUGUCGUUAAAGAUUUGGAGCGUCGUGUAGAAGAUUGGAAAGGUCAUAAAAUUGAGCAAUUUGGUGAACUUUUACUUGAAGAUGUAUUCACUAUGUCUAAAGAUGAUUCUGAACGUGAAUAUCAUGUAUAUUUAUUUGAAAAGAUUUUGCUUUGUUGUAAGGAAACAAAUUCAAAAAAACAACAAAGUAAAUCGCAACUUCUUAAAAACAAUAAUCGGAAAUCUAAAAGAGCUAGCCUGCAAUUAAAAGGAAGAAUAUUUAUACACAAUAUUACUGCUGCAGUAGAAAAUCGGGGUGGUGAAAACGGUCGGUCUGGGGUAUUGUCAUUAAGAAUAUAUUGGCGAGGGGAUAGCGAGAUGGAAUCUUUUUCUCUCAAAUGUCGAAAUGAAGAACAACUUAAACAAUGGAAAUCUACAUUAGAAAAAUUGUUACCAGGAGAUAGUAAUCAUCGUCAUACAAUGACGAAAGGACAAUUAGAUAAUACUACUCCUCCCCCGAAACGCCCUGGAGUAUCAAACACACAGUUGGCAUCUUUGCAAAACCUUGACCUUCCUUACUUUCGCCGAGAUGGUAGGCCGAAAACCAACGAGUCUGUAGCACCUCCACCUUAUGGUUGGGAUCCAAAUUCACCACCGUUGCCAAAUAUACAUUUACAACACCGAUCACUCUCGAGUUCAGCAAUUCAAAAUUUGUCACGAAAUGGUAAUUCAACUGCACCCCCAACCAUGGCUACGUUCCCGUCAAACGCUAUGAUGCAGAUGGAAAAUAAUAUGACUUAUUUUCCGAAUUCUCCACCACCCUCAUAUCCUGGUUCUCCAGCUCCAUCUACUCGUAGCAGUACAACUUCACAUUCAAGCUCUAAUCCUGUUGCUAUAUGGCAACGUAGAAGUGUUGAACAUCCAUCACCUCUUGCGGGCACUAUUGCAAAGUUUAUGAAUGAAGAUGAUGAAUAUAGUAUUAAUCCACCACCGCUACCAAUUCAACGUUCUCAUUCUCAUAGUGCUGCCCCAGGUCAAACAUUUAAUCAAGUAGUAAAUGGACCUGCACCUAAUUUGCCAAAUCACAACGUUGUAAAUCGCCUAAGAUCACAAAGUAGUCCAAAUAUCCAAUCCAUUCAGGAAUUACAAUUUGAAAAUACAGAACCUGUGCCUAGCAUUCCGAAUUCUAGUAACCUUGCGCGUCAAAAUGUUACUAAUGGGGUUCAAUCAAUAGAGAUAGAACAACGAAGUAGUGGGUCAAGCAACUCUUCACAAACUUCUGGACAAUCUCUUCAUACUACUAAUUCAACAAAUUUACCUACAAAUAAUAAUUUGUUGUCACCUCAAAGUGACCAAAAGAAGCAACAUUCUUUAUCUAAUUAUUCUACGACUAUGAAAAUUAAAGUGAAUUUUGCUGAAGAUGUCUUUGUGAUAGUUGUCCCUCAAGAUAUUGAAUACAGGGAAUUAUGUGACCGUGUGGAACGUAAAAUACGCUUAUGUUCUACACGAAGGGAUGAAAGCGUCCCCAUUCGAAUUAAAUACCAGGAUGAGGAUGGUGAUCAUAUUACAAUUAAUUCUGAUGAAGAUGUUUCAAUGGCAUUCGAAG